AUGACUUUGACCACAUUAGGUGUCAUAGCAGACCCCAAGCAAGACCAGUUUGAGCUGAGGCAGCUGGGUGGACAUCUACACAAACCAUCCACUGCUCAGCGGAGCGUCCACCACCACCAGCCUCGUCACCAUCCGCAUCAUGGUCACCAGCAUAUUCAACCCAUUGACAGCUCACCACUCGACCGUAUGCAAAAUACAGUAGACGAUCUUGUUAUAUCAUCCCCUCCAAUCUCUCAGAAGGCCACUGCCUCUCAAGGAUCAUGGAAGCCAGUAACCACCACCAUCCACCAUGACGCAGCACGAGUCGAUGUCGUCCGGGCUAAAGUGCUAUCACUUCUCCGUCAGCGGUUCUUGAUUCACGAAUAUACCACCCCUCGAUUCUUUGUUGUACUACCAGACGAGGCCACCGAUCCUCUCGUCAACAGCAACACCAAUACGUCAGAAGCACCAGCAACAGGUGCAGGAACGGGGGCAGGGACAGGGACAGGGACAGCGAUAGAUCAGGAGCCACCAAGACGUCGCUACCGCCUUUACUUCUUGUGCGAGUGUAGCGCCAGUUUCACGCUACCGCUUGGCAGUGGGCUGAAUCACCUGCACAUUGCCAAGCACCCUGGAUAUGAGAUCGAACCUGGAAGAGAAGUCGAGUUUUUCAGGCGUUACGGGACGUUGGUCAUGAUGCUUCUCAUCUUUCUCCGGCACGGCUACGACCCAUCGGACGAAAGCCCCCCAAGCUCGUCCAAGUCAGCCCCGCCAAAACACUCCAAGGACGACCCCCAGUUCACGGAUGCCAAGGAAGCACUGUUGAAGCGAGUGAACAGGAUUUCGGCUCUCAAAGCCGCCGAUUUGCCGGAUGCGAUCGCCCACCAGGUGGAGCAAAAGGUUGAUGGCAUGAUUGCCUAUCUCGAGCAACUCCGAAUGGCGGACCACCAGGAGUCGUCCAACUUUACCAACAAUACCAGUAACGGCGACACCCCCUCCGGAGUUGAGAUGGACACAAAAGCCGACGAUAACAAAUCGUCGCCCGCAUCCUCUCUGGAAGACCAACACAUACAAGGAAUCACCAGCCUGUCCGACUUGCACCAACUUUAUUCGUUCCUGGGUCUCUCCACCGUCACCAAGCGAGUCCAGUCAGGACAACUCGGCAACUUGUAUCGCAUCAGCAAUGUGAGGGGUCAAGUCAGCUGGGUGUGCGUCUAUCACUACCGGUGGACGUUUCUAGAAAAAAACAUUGACGAUUUUGAACACUGGAUCGUGACCCGCCGAGGUCAUUUCGACAAACAAACUGGAUCUGUCUCAAUGACGCUGGUCUCAAGAGCCAACACCCGGACUUUUUGUUCCUGGAUUACCAACAAAGUCGCCCCGUCCCUGGUCGAGGUCCACCUCAAGCUUGGCUGGAAGUUUGGCAAGAAGGAUCUCUGGAGACUCGCCAAGGCCUUUGCUAGUUCGACCGUCACGGUUCUCUCUCUGGACGGAUGUUCGUUCGCAGGACACUCCAACUACAUGAACGUUCACAAAAAGUACGACCCAAUCCUCCACCUCCUCAGCCACGGACAACUUCGGUCACUCGAGCUGCAGAGGUUCCCCUCCAUGUUUUCCCGACUGUCUUCCAAGGCUGUCAAGGCAACAUCCCUCAGACGACUCGAACUAGGACCAGGAAUGACAAUCGACGCCAGGGACCGCGAAUCCUUCAGCCAGCUCAUCAAGUCCUGCUCGACCUUGGAAGAGCUGAUCCUGCCGGCGUUUCCUGCGACCGGUCUUCAUAUGCAGGCAAUCAUGACUGGAGCUCGUGCGACGACCUCACUUGUCACACUGGAUCUGUCCAACAGCGAGAUGAAUGAGGGCGCGGCCAUCAUUCUGGCCCAGGGACUCUUCAACAGCCACAUCUGCCAUCUGGAUCUGUCGAAGAACGAGCAGCUCAGCGACAUUGGUGCAGCCAGGGUUAUCCGAGCUAUCGGGCCACGGCUUGCAAGUCUAAAGAUGGCGCGGACGGGAUUCGGAGACAUGGCGGCGGCCGCCCUCAGCAAGAGCAUGGACGGCAUUUCGAUCACCAGUACACUGCAAGACCAGCUCAUGAUGCAGCAUCGACUCGAUAUCGCUGCCCUUACUGCGGGCCACCGCCCUAUUCGCAUCAGGGCACAGGACCCAAUGUUGAUGACGACCGGGCUCAAGGCCAAGGUCAUCAAGGAGAAGAUUCAGUCAGCUGGAUGCUUGGUCUAUCUGGAUAUCGAGGACAACGAGUGCUCCGCCAAGGGAUUCCGAGCGUUGGCCCAUGUCAAGUCCCGGCUCUACUUUGUGUACCUGAACCUUUCCGGAAGCAAGGGGCUCGAGGAUGAGGAAUGUGCUGCCAUUCUGGAUCGUGUCGCCAGUGCUGAGAUGAGGACUCUUCGACUCUCGUGUACAGGAUUCGGCGACCUAUCGGCUCAGGCGCUCACACGGUCAUUUUCACGUUUCCAGGAGUUCACAAGUGAUAGUGGUCCUCUAGGACGGGAAUCAGGACUCUGCCAGCUGGAAGAACUGGACUUGCAUGGCUGCCCAAUCAGCAUCGAUGGAUUCACGGUAUUGUCAGACGGGUUAUGUCGUGCUGGGGUCUCCUCGCGGCUGAAGAGCUUGGAUCUGGGCCAUUGUGGUGGCCUAGAGGAUGAGGCCGCUCAUGACUUGUUGAAGGAAAUCUUGCUCCCUAACGGUUCAGAGAGGAUGUCUAUCUUGUCGGAGCUGUCGUGGCAUCGUCAUGUCAACUCUGGAUCGCAGUCGCUUAUGGAUGUGGCCAACCUCUUGAAGCGGGGCACCACCUUUGGCGGCCGCGAUACGUUGUACGAGAACCGAGGCGGAGGACCUUUGGGAACCGAGAACAGGAAUCGCAAGAGAGUUGAGGAGCCAGGACCCGAUCGGCCAUUGGCUCUGUUGGUCAGAUCAGACUCUACGCCCGUCAUGCCAUCGAGUCGCUCAGGAGUCUUUGAUAGCCCCCUCGGUUCCCUUGCUGAUGGAACCCCCGUGCAGCUUGAUUUACACCCACCCAGGACAGUCCUCCCAUUGCCGCAUGGAUUCUUUGCCAACUUGCGGCAGCUGGACUUCAAGAGCACACAGAUUGGAGACAGUACGGCGUGGCUGUUGGCGCAGGCUCUGAUUCAACCAUGGGUCAUGAUCUCGUCUCUGACACUUCUGGAGCCCACAUCAAUGACGUCCCAGGGUAUGUGCUGGAUUGUGGAGGCAAUGUGCGACAACUCCAGUGUUCAGGACUUUGCCAUUGGCAAGAGCAAUCUCGCUCUCCCGUUAGAUGUCGAUCUCUUUGGGUCUUCCUUGGUCAACCUGAUGGAGAUGAACAAGCGGAUGCGGUCCCUGACGGUCCUGGGUGCGCCUUUUGGAUCUGUGGCAAAGGGGCUACUUCUGAACCAGUCGCUUCACUCGAUCUACAUUAUACGGUCUCGUGGUCAGCCCGAGGAUGUCCAGUUGAUGGGCCAGGCCUUGUCGUUCAAUCGAUCGCUGCUCAUUUUCUGGAUGGGAGGAACGGAUGAGUCCCUUCUGGGCGGCGGUGGUGGUGUUGGUGGCAGCGCGACGGAGCAGAGCAAUCAGGAACGCCAGGAACAACAACAACAACAACAACAACAGCAUCAGCAGAACGAAAACAUGUACAGGAACUUUCAUUUAUUACACCAGCAGGAGGAGCAGCAACAUCGCCAACGAUUGGGACGAUUCGCGUCAGCAGGCCAUGGCCAGUCGAUGUCUCAAAAAAUUGGCGACGCCCUAAAGUCCAAGUUCAGCGUUCCAUCCAGCCCUCAUUACAGUCCAAACGACACCACGAGCCCUGGACAGCCACAACAAUCACAGCACCCCAGCAUGAGCCCUCGAACGAGGACGCGAGUCGUUACCGGUGCUAAUGAUGAUACAGGAUUGCCCACCUCUUCUGCGGCUCCUUGGACGCGCAACCCUAUUAUGGAAGGGAUCCGACGGAACCACAGCCUGAUCAAGGUCACCGUUGACAUUUUCUCACCGCCGGCCUCUCGGACAGGUCGUUCUCGUGGAGGGGGUGUAGGGGGACCCCCCCGAAGCGUUGCUAUGCAAGGAACGUCUGGACGCGCCUCGAUGGCGAUGGAGCUUACGCCGCAAGAACAGGUACAUUGGGCGCAGCAGCAGCAGGUGGACAAGAUUAUUUAUGCUAACCGCAAGAACCUGCGGGAGCGAGCUCGGAUAGGAUGGGAGGAGCUGAGGCUUCUCGGUGUCGAUGAGGAUGUGAUACGAGAGGUCUUUGCCGACUUGUUCUAG